AUGUUUCCCAAGCAAACAAGUAGCAGGAAGCGGAAAGCGCCCGCCACUGAGGCAGGUGCUGGGAGGUCAUCGUCAGGACUUGCGGCGGCUGACGGAAAGCGGCUGCUGCUGCCCAAGAAACAGAAGCGGCCGGCCUCGCGGCGCUCUCUGGUGCACUAUCUGAAGGGCCGCGAGGUGGGUGCACAUGGCUGCGCCAGGCUCCUGGGCCUCGAGGGCCAGCUGCGCGGCUAUGCGGUGCAGAAGCUGCCCGAGCUUCUGAUGGAGAGCGAGCUGUCGCUGGGCACCCUCAACAAGGUGUUCGCGGCGCAGUGGCUGAACGCCAGGCAAGUGGUGUGCAGCACCAAGUGCAACACACUCUUCGUAGUGGACAUGCAGUCGAGCCAGAUCACUCGCAUCCCCCUGAUGCGGGAUGGGGGGCCCGGACUGGCCCAGGCCCAGCCGAGCUGCUGCAUCCACGCCAUUGAGUUGAACCCCUCCAAGACGCUGUUGGCCACGGGGGGCGAGAACCCCAACAGCCUGGCCAUCUACCAGCUGCCCCCCCUAGAUCCCGUGUGCCUGGGUGACCGCCACGGGCACAAGGACUGGAUCUUCACCAUCACCUGGAUAAGCGACACGGUGGCUGUGAGCGGCUCCCGCGACGGCACCAUGGCGCUGUGGCAGAUGGACCCUGACAUGUUCAGCGGCAGCAUCGCCUCCCACAACGACGUGGGGCUUCCCGUGUACGCCCACAUUCGGCCGAAGGACAUGGAAACCAUUCCCAGGGCCAUCACCAACCCCACCAAUUGCAAGGUGCGGGCCCUGGCCUUCAGCGGCAAGAACCAGGAGCUAGGAUCAGUGUCCUUGGAUGGCUACUUCCACCUGUAUAAGGCCAGAAGCACCCUAACCAGGCUGCUGUCAUUCAGGCUUCCUUACUGCCGCGAGAAUGUGUGCCUGACCUACUGCGAUGAGUUGUCCCUGUACGCAGUGGGCUCCCAGUCCCAAGUCCCUUUGGAUCCGCGCCAGCACCAGCAGAACAUCCGGCCCCUGUGCUUGUGAGAAGGUGGCACCGGCGUGCGCUCGCUGAGGUUCUACCAGCAUGUCAUCACUGUCGGCACGGGCCAUGGCUCCCUGCUUUUCUGUGACAUCCGCACCCAGAAGUUCCUGGAAGAGAGGGCCUCAGGCAGUACGAACUUCUCUCCUGGUCCUGCAGGGAGGAAGCUCAGGCUCAUCUCUGGCAGAGGCUGGCUCAACCACUAUGACAUUUGGGUGAACUACAUUGGCGGCAUCGGCGAGUUCCCCAAUGCGCUCUACACCCAGUGCUACAAUUGGCCAGAAAUGAAGCUCUUCGUGGCUGGAGGGACUCUCCCUUUAGGUUUCCACGGAAACUAUGAAGGCCUUUAG